AUGGAACGUUUGAGCUAUCUCUAUUUUGAACAUACACGAAUAACAAAAUUGCCUUCGCCAAUUGGAAAUCUGAUGGGACUUACUUGCUUGGAAGUGGGAAACUGUUUAUCUCUAAAGGAUAUCAAAUGUUUUGUUGACUUGCAAUUGCCUGAGAGGGACGUGGAUUUAAAAUUUUUAUGUCAGUUGACUCUACGUGGCUGUCAGAUAUCAGAAGUGCCUGAUAGUCUUGGUUGCUUAAGGAAUUGCAUGAGGCUUGAAUCGUUACCAGAGCUUUUACCACGGCUAGUAAAGUUAGACCCACACUAUUGCUCGGUCUUAAGUCGAGUAUCAAGCUCAUCAACUGUAGUUGAGGGAAACAUUUUUGAAUUCAUUUUCACUGAUUGUCAGUCCUUGCAUUGGACCUCUCUCCGGGUAAUCUUGGCAUACUCCUCAUUGAAAUUUCAACUUUAUAUCAAAAGGCUAUACAAUCAGGUGUCCGAUGUUCCAGCAAAGACAUGUAGUUUUUGCUUCUUUGGUUCUGCAACUCCGAUGUGGUUUAGCCAACAAAGUUGGGGAUUUGUAGUAACAACUCAACUACCUUCGCAUUCGGCUAAUAGUGAGUUCUUGGGUUUCACUCUAUGUGCUAUUAUUCGAUUUACAAGAAUUAAACUCAGUUUGCAAGUUAAAUGCACAUACCAUUUCCGCAAUAAGCAUGGUGGUUGCCAUGAUUUCUUUUGCUAUCUCCAUGGCUGCUAUGAUGAGAAGCAUUUGGACGACAAUUUGUUACCACUAUCUUGUUGCAAAAUUCUAGAGUGUGGGGUCCUUCUACUGUAUGCCAAUGAUGAGACGAGACCCUUUGAUUUUAUAAUGCCACGGUUACAGCACCUCGGUGUUUCAUUUUAUCAUCUUUUUCCGGAUCAAGAAAGCUUGGAAUCAUGGUUCAAAGCCAAGAGGCCGCGUGAUGACUGGAAUUACAGUGAUUGCUUGGAAUCGUGGCCAAAAGCUAAGAGGUCGCGUGAAGACAAGCAUGGCAGUGAGUAA